CAACGUCUCUGACUACUUCCGGCAUAGUCGGGCACCGGGUGUAACACGAGAUUGACGAGGACAGACAACAGAUGAUGCAAUAGAAUAGAAACAUACAGGUGUUAUUGGUAUAAAUAAUGCGAUAAUCUUAAACGUUUAUUCAAACUGUAACAUAUUUUUAAAUACGAGAGUCAUGGAAGGCGUGGAGCAAGCUACACAACAAAUGAAAAUCAGUGAGAUUUACACCUCAGAAACAACAGGAAAUGAUGAAACUGGAGUUGGCUCUGAGGAGAAACCCUUUAAAACAAUUCUUCGGGCCAUGAAACAUGCAGGUCAGGAGCCCUUCCCACCAAUAUACGUAGACAGUAAAAAGGAGAAUGAGAAAUAUGAAGUUGCAUCCAAGUCACAACUAAAGAAAAUAACGAAGCAGUUUGUGCGGGAUCAACAUAAAAAGGCAGACACUGCUGUGAAAGAGGCUGAAGAUGCUGAGAGGCGAGAGAAGAACUUAGAAGAAGCUAAAAAGAUGGUGAUAAAACAGGACAUGUCACUGCCAGCCCCAAAACAAAUAAAGAUUCGUGAGUCAAUUAAGACAAGAGAUGUCAGAGUCAAGCUCUAUGGUUGGGUGCACAGGCUUCGUCGUCAAGGAAAGAAUCUCAUGUUCGUAGUUUUACGAGACGGAACUGGAUUUCUGCAGUGUGUUCUGGCAGAUCAACUGUGCCAGACCUAUGAAGCUCUACUGCUGGCAACAGAGGCCGCUAUUUGUGUGUAUGGAACUAUCAAAAAGUUACCAGAAGGAAAAGUGGCUCCUGAUGGACACGAGCUGACCGCAGACUUCUGGGAGCUGAUAGGAUCCUCACCACCAGGGGGUGCAGACUCGAUUCUCAAUGAGGAGGCCCACGUGGAUGUACAGCUAGACAACAGGCAUAUGAUGAUUCGAGGGGAAAACACUUCCAAAGUUCUGAAGAUGAGGUCAGUUAUCAUGCAGGCUUUUCGGGAUCAUUUCAUCAACAAGGGAUACUAUGAGGUGACCCCGCCCACCUUGGUACAAACUCAAGUGGAGGGAGGGUCAACAUUAUUUAAACUGGACUUUUUCGGAGAAGAGGCUUACCUGACACAAUCCUCUCAGCUGUAUCUGGAGACCUGCAUACCCUCCAUGGGAGAUGUAUUCUCCAUCGCUCAGUCAUAUCGUGCGGAGCAUUCUCGGACUCGAAGACACUUAGCAGAGUACACCCACAUAGAGGCUGAGUGUCCAUUCAUCAGUUUUGAUGAUUUGCUGAACAAAUUAGAGGACCUGGUUUGUGAUGUAGUAGACCGAGUUCUUAAAGGGCCGUAUGGUGAUGUCGUCAAGGAACUUAACCCUAACUUUCAACCUCCCAAGCGACCCUUCAAACGUCUGGAGUACAAGGAUGCCAUUACAUAUCUUAAGGAAAAUGACAUCAAGAAGGAUGAUGGAACAUAUUAUGAAUUUGGAGAGGAUAUCCCUGAGGCUCCUGAGAGGAAGAUGACUGACCAAAUCAAUGAGCCAAUUCUCCUUUGUAAAUUUCCUACAGAUAUAAAAUCCUUUUACAUGCAGAGGUGUGCUGACGACCGCAGGCUCACAGAAUCGGUUGAUGUUUUGAUGCCCAAUGUAGGAGAGAUUGUAGGAGGUUCAAUGAGGAUUUGGCAUCACGAGGAGCUGAUGGAGGGAUUUAAGCGGGAAGGCAUUGACCCUACCAACUACUACUGGUAUACAGAUCAGAGGAAGUAUGGCACCUGUCCACAUGGUGGGUAUGGCCUGGGACUGGAACGCUUCAUGUGCUGGUUACUGGACCGCUAUCACAUACGAGAAGUGGCACUUUACCCACGAUUCACGGAGCGAUGCAAACCAUAGACGCACGAUUCACGGAGUGAUGCAAACCAUAGAGACAUUUAAUAUUAAAACUUUGUCAGAAUUCAACAAUGUCUUGAGAUUCAGUGUACAUUCAAUGUAUUCAUUUGAGACAAUAAAGGUGGUGAAAAUUGU